AAAAUACUUUAAUCAAUCGUCCCGGUUUCUUUGCAGCCCGCGAAUUUUUAAAGGAAAAAUCUAUUUUUUCUGCGUUUUAGGACGUUCGCAUCGGCCGUUUCGUCGUUGCUCGUCGUAAUAUUAUUUGAACUGUUUUUUCAAUCACUCAGUACGAGUGGAUAUUCUCUUCGAUAUCGUCGGUGUGUUUUGUUCGUCGUUUAGUUCGUUUAUUUCGUGGUAAUUUUUCACCGUUUGGCCGGGGACGAGGAUAUCGAAGUAUAUAAAAUAUUAUAUAAACACGUGUCCACCGAAUGAGAUCGCAGUCCCGCCGCUGGCAACCCGACCGGACCGCGCCGGAGACGGGCGACCGACGGCCACGGCCGUCGUCGCGUUGACGUCCCCGCGGUAUCCGGAUGUGGCCAAGCCGUCGCCCGUAUGCGGGUGAACCGAUGUCCUGUCUGCGGUGCAUGAGCAGCGCGUGGACGACGAGGACGAGCGGCUGCAGCGGCACGCGAACGGCCACGGUCCGCCAUCGCCGGUUGCGGUCGAGCAUCACCUAGGCGCGCAGGCUGCCGACACGGCGACACCGCCCGCACGGCCACACACCCACCGCCGCCGCGGCCACACGCAUGAUUUCCGCUCUAGACGUGGUCGCGUUCGGCAACGACAGCUCGCCGCUGACGGUCGCCGGCAACGACACGGCGGGCGGCGCCGCGCCUUCGCCCAACGACACGGCCGCCAACGGCGUCAUCCAGUUCCUCGACGACGACCUGUCGUUCCCCGGCUACAUACGCACCACGUGCAUGGUGGUGUGCGUCAUCAUACUGGGCGUCGGCGUGGUCGGCAACAUGAUGGUGCCGAUCGUCAUACUCAAGUCCAAGGACAUGCGCAACUCGACCAACAUAUUCCUGAUGAACCUGAGCAUCGCCGACCUCAUGGUGCUGCUCAUAUGCACGCCCACAGUGUUCGUGGAGGUCAACUCCAGACCGGAAACGUGGGUGCUCGGCGAGGAACUAUGUAAAGCCGUUCCUUUCGUCGAGCUCACGGUGGCCCAUGCUUCCGUUCUGACCAUACUGGCCAUCAGCUUCGAGCGGUAUUACGCAAUUUGCGAACCACUGCGAGCCGGUUACGUGUGCACCAAGACCAGAGCGAUGAUCAUCUGUCUGCUGGCCUGGGGACUGGCAGCGCUGUUCACUAGUCCGAUCACGAUGAUCUCGGAAUACACGCAAAUGGACUACAUCGACGGCACCAAGGUGCCCGUGUGCCUGACCAAGGCCAACACGUUCUGGCCGAUAGCGUUCUUCGUGGCCAUCAUCGGCGCGUUCUUCGUGGUGCCGCUGUUCGUGCUGGUCGUCCUGUACACGGUGAUCGCCGCACACCUGAUGGCCGACCCUGGCACCAGCUGCACAGACAGCGCGUGCAACCAGCGCGCCCGCCGGCAGGUGGUGCUCAUGCUGGCCACCGUGGUCCUGUCCUUCUUCGUGUGCCUGCUCCCGUUCCGCGUGUUCACCAUGUGGAUCAUCCUGGUUCCCGAACACACGUUCCUGGACCUGGGCCUCAAGCACUACUACAUCAUACUGUACGCUUCCCGAGUCAUGGUCUACCUGAACUCGGCCGUCAACCCUAUCCUGUACAACCUGAUGUCGUCAAAGUUCCGGCGCGGAUUCUGCAAGCUCUGCCGGUCCCGGUGUGGCAACGUCGACGACGGUUACGACGGCUACGAUGACGGCGACAGCUCGGGUGGUUGCGGCGUCGGUGGGUGCGGAGGGCGCAGGCGCAGACGACGUGGGCGCCGUCGGGACGUGUUCCGGCUCCGGCCCACCGGCACGCUCACCACGACGCUGUCGCGGUCGUGCAGCGGACCGCCGACGCGCGGUAGCAACGGAACCGGAAACAGCAACGGCACCGGAAACGGUUCGGUUCGGCGGCACGUCGACGUUACAUCCGCCACCAACACGGCCGCGGCAGUAGUAACCGCUCUGUUCGGCCGUCACCGCGGCGUAAAGACGCGUCUACAGGUCGAUGACGAUCAUCUGAAGGAGAGCUUUGUAUGACCACCGCAACUGCCGCCGACUGCAGCUUUCCGCAAACUAUAUAUUAAGCAUUUUUAUUAAUUUGUGUCGAUAAUUAAAAAUUGUAUUUUUUUUUCAAACCCUAUCGAGUAUUUUAAAUAAUUUUUGUAAACAAUAAGCAACCAUAUAAUAUACCGUAAGUAGGUAUGUGAUUGUACCACAAUUUGAGGUAGUAUAUUGUGAUUGCCCAUCGACCAAUGACAAUGAGUGGCGGAUCGGCAGUCACAUUUAAUAGACAGGACAACAGGUAUUUCUCUCGUCCACUUGGAUAACACGAUUGAUUCAAUUGUUAAAAUUAUAUUUAUUAUAAAACAACAAAUAAAAUAUUCAUUAUUUAAGUAGUUUUGUAAUUUUAGAACUAUUUUUAUAUCCUGUAAAACCAUGUGGGUCGCAAUAGAUUUUUGAGCGAAAAUUUGGGUUGCGGUGUUAAAAAGAUUGAGAUGUAAUGUAAAAUAUUUAUUCACCCGUAGCCCGACUAGUCAAACUUUUAGGUUUCAGUGCGCUGGACAUGUUAUAAUCGUUAGUCAAUGGGCAACCAAACUAUUUUAAAAUCGAUUUAUUAUGUCUAUAUUAUAAAUGUACUUGUAAUAAUAUUAUGUUAGUCCAGACAUCGAGUCACAUCUCUAGUCGAAUCGUCGUUAUCGUAUUAUUAUUAGUGUUAUUAUUAAAUAGCAUUUAGUUUUUUUUUGAUUUUCUACUCUUUCGUUUUUAUUUAAUUUUAAAAAGUUUACGACCCUAUGGAGUUCAAUGGACCGUUGCGCACGUCACGUGCAUUUAUUUAGGUACCCACAUAAUGUGUUUCGACAUGUGGCUAACGUCGUUUUCGCGGACAUUAACCGUUUUCCUAAAUCUUGAAAUAGCUAUUAUUAUGAUAAUAAUAUAUUAUGUUCAGUACAAGUGCGCAAUGUUAAGGUCAAAAGGACUUUAUGAGUAUUAUAGGUGCACACAGACACAUGUUGCGGUGCACGCCGUUGGCUCAAAGUUUUACCCGACAGCAAAAUAAUAAAAGUACAAAUCUACGAUCACGGGGCUUAUUCGCACAUGGCAACUGUACAAUAUAAAGCGCGUCCCGCCGCGGUCGUGUUCCUGUCUAAAAACUCCCAGAGACAUUCACCACUUAAAAAAUUAACAGCUAAUAGAAAUUUUAAUGAUUCUAAUUUCAAAACAUUAAAUCAAAUUAUCAGUAGACCGAAAUAUGUUUUUUUUUUUUUUAUCGUUUGAAUAAAUCAAUAGUACCACCUGUGUAUGGCGAUUCCCCGCCGCGUUCGAUUUGUAAGACACCUGAUAAGUUACUGAUAGAUGCCGAAUCUGUCGUCUAUGUAAAAGGCCAUAUAUUGUAGGUAUAUUAUUGUUUAUUUGCAUCGCGUUUCAGACAUAUUUCGGGCGAGUAAAAAAUAUGUUAUGGUUUUACGCGUCCACUCGACCAACAAUUUUUAUAUUAUGUUACACAUUCAACUGUCGACGAUAAAUUCCCAUGAAUGAAUGAUUUUUGGCGCGGCGUCGAGUAUUCCAACAAAUUCAGAUAAACUUUGUCUUGAACAAUAUUAUUAUUAUUAUUAUUAUUAUUGUCAUCGUCUGUGUAAUAUUUACGAAUGCGCAAGACGAUAAAAUAUAUACGGCCGGGCGCAGCCUUCGAACUCUUUCGCUAUCGGUCGUACAAUUUUUUUUAACUUAAAUAUUUCAUAACCUACAUUUUUUGAUUUAUCGCGCGGCAAUAAGUACGACACACGUGUCUGCCUCAUAUCAUAAUAUAUAUAUAUAUGUGUAUAUUCACCAUAUUGUAUGUAUAUAUAUAUUAUGCGGCCACGUAUGGUAACUGCUGCUGCGCCCAAAAACUUUUUCGGCACUUUCGAUCUUCAAACUCAUCGUAAAAAUAAUAACAACAAUCAUAUUAUAUAAGUAUAAAAAGAAAAUUUAUGUAUUCACUCGCCCGGCGAAUUUCUUUCGUAGUAAACAAUUUUCAUUUUAAAGAUUUUUUCGGGUUUAAAUAAUACAUUACAAUAUGAACUGAAUGUUGUAUACCGUAAUGUAUUGUAAUACCGUACGCAUUUGCCAACUGUGGGAAUUGGAAGCGACUUGGAAAAAAUUAAUUUUUUUAGUUAAAAAUGUUUUAUUGAACCAGACCUUUUGCCUAAAAUAUUCAUACAAAUAUAAUGCAAUAAUUUCUUAAUAACAGUGAUAGGUCAAUAUUUUGACUGAAAAAAAUUCUUUGAUUUCCAUGAAGUGAUCGCGUGAACAACAAACCUGCUUUCAUUAUUUUAAAAAUAAAUUAUAAAAACCUGAGUGAUGCUUCUGCUGCAUAGUCUGUUUGAAUUCAAUAAAACCAAUAAUCAUUGUAGGUAUACGAAAAAAACAAUUAUGGGCGAAAUAGGACACAGUUGAUUCGAACAUUAGUCGUUUGUUAAAUACAACUAUAAUACCCGUCAUACCUUUUCGAUAUUUUUAAACUGUUGUGAGAAUAAUUAAUUACAUUUUCAAACCUUAGGGGGGUUUCCCAGAAAAUUGUUCUCUUAGCAUGUUAUUCUAUUGUGGUUUUCUGGUAGCAUAAUAAUGGUCAUAAAUUCAUGUAAUAACUAAUAAUAAAAUUAAAGUACCUACUCGUUUUUAUUUUUUUGGUCAUAUUAUGAUUGUCUUCGUUUGUAUCUCGUUUCAUCAUAAAUUAUAAUAUUUUUGCAACGACAACACGUGCUUAAAUCGUUUCGGCAUCUGCCUAUCAUGCAAUUAUUAUUUUAAUUAAGUAUCUGCUAUUCCGUCAGCCCGAAUUAGGCCUGCGAACGAGUGUGACGUUCAUCCGUUGAUAUAUGUUCACGAUCGUUAUUACGAUAUUUUUAUCGCGUUUUCGAUAACAGUCCAAAGCAAUACAUAGUUUGAUACGGCAGCCUGCGCAUAAUAUAUAGUAGAGUAGACAGUUUUGAAGAUGUCGUCACUCGUCACGUCCAUUCGAAUAUAGCUGGCCACGAGUAGUACUACACGGCUUUGAAAUAUUGAAAUAAUAAACUAUAAUAACUGUUCAGCAACAUACUAUCAUUCUCUCUCUCUCUCUCUCUCUCUCU